ACGUAAAUUGACUGUUUACAUUGUUUUACGUCCUCCGACGGUUGGUUGCCGGUAAAACGGGGCAGGGCCUCGGUUCACCGUCAAGCUAGUCGGAGUUUGACAGAAAGAAAAUCCGCUCUUCCUCCACAAUGAACCCACAGCAGCGUCUUUAAGGGGACAUUUCAGCGGGUCUUCGAGCUUCUUCUCCGGCAGGCAGUGAGCAGUGUGUCUGUGUUUGUUGUUCUCGGAGGACUGAUCUAACGGCUGGACUCGAGCUCACGCGGGUUGUUUAUGAGGACAACACGAAGGGGACCGUGGACAUAAACACUCAUGGAUCCGAACCGGAUUAUCCAGGCUCUGAAGGGGACCAUUGACCCGAACCUGAGGAUAGCGGCGGAGAAUGAGCUCAAUCAGUCCUACAAGAUCAUCAACUUUGCUCCGACGCUGCUUCAGAUCAUCGUGUCGGAGCAGGUGGAGUUUCCUGUUCGUCAGGCAGCGGCCAUCUACCUGAAGAACAUGGUGAGUCAGUACUGGCAGGACAGGGAGCCGUCUCUGGGCGAGGUUGUGUUUCCCUUCAACAUCCACGAGAACGACCGGCAGCAGAUCCGAGACAACAUUGUGGAAAGCAUCAUCCGCUGCCCGGAGUCCAUACGCGCCCAGCUGACGAUGUGCCUGCGAGCCAUCAUCAAACACGACUUCCCCGGACGCUGGACCGCCAUCGUGGACAAGAUCGGCAUGUACCUGCAGUCCCAGAGCAGCGGCAGCUGGUAUGGCAGCCUGCUGGCUCUGUACCAGCUGGUCAAAACAUAUGAGUACAGGAAGGCAGACGAGAGGGAGCCGUUGUUGGCAGCGAUGCAGAUAUUCCUCCCAAGGAUUCAGCAGCUCGUCGGUCAGCUGCUGGUGGACUCCACCAUCUUCUCAGUCCUCAUCCAGAAACAGAUCCUCAAGAUCUUCCACGCACUCGUACAGUACUCGCUGCCCCUCCAGCUGAUCAACAACACCGUGAUGACUCAGUGGAUGGAAAUCCUCAGAGCUAUCAUGGACCGGGACGUUCCAGCUGAGACGCUGGAGGUGGACGAAGACGACCGUCCUGAGCUGGCGUGGUGGAAGUGUAAGAAGUGGGCGCUGCGUAUCAUCACCAGACUGUUCGAGCGGUACGGAAGCCCUGGAAAUGUGACGAAGGAGUACUACGAGUUCGCAGACUUUUUCCUGAAGACAUACGCGGUGGGACUACAGCAGGUGCUGUUAAAGGUGGUGGACCAGCACCGACAGAAGCAGUACGUCACCCCCCGCGUCCUGCAGCAGUGCCUCAACUACCUGAACCAGGCCCUGUCUCACUCACUCACCUGGAAACAGAUGAAGCCGCACAUGCAGGCCAUUUGUCAGGAGGUCAUCUUCCCUCUCAUGUGUUACAAAGACGAGGACGAGAAGCUGUGGCAGGAAGACCCGUACGAGUACAUCCACAUGAAGUUCAACCUCUACGAUGAUCACGCCCUACCAGCCACGGCUGCACAGAGUCUCCUGUGUAAAGCUGCACGCAAGAGAAAAGAGGUUCUUCCUCAGAUCAUGGAGUUCUGCCACCAGAUCCUCAUGGACCCCUCUGCUGACCCCCGCAGGAAGGACGGGGCACUGCACUGCAUCGGCGCCCUCGCUGAGCUCUUACUGAAGAAGCGGGCGUAUAGGGAGCAGAUGGAGCUGAUGCUGCAGAACUACGUCUUCCCUCUUCUGAACUCUCCGAUGGGUUAUCUGAGAGCCAGGUCUUGCUGGGUCAUCCAUACGGUCAAUUCGUGCUGGGUGCUCCACUGCUUCAGCCCGCUGCGCUUCCACGACGAGGUGGUGCUGAGGAACGCCGUGGAGCUGGUCAAACAGGAUCUGAUCGACGACAAAGAGAUGCCCGUGAAGGUGGAGGCCGCGAUCGCCCUGCAGACGCUGGUCAGCAACCAGGAACAAGCUAAGCUGUACAUCAGGCCGUACAUCCGGCCCGUCAUGCAGGAGCUUCUGCACGUGGUGAAAGAGACUGAGAACGACGACCUCACCAACGUCAUCCAGAAGAUGAUCUGCGAGUACAACCAAGAGGUGGCGGCCAUUGCUGUGGACAUGACUCAGAACCUGGCGGAGAUCUUCACCAGAGUCCUUCAGAGCGAGGAGUACGAGGAGAACGAGGAUAAAACAGUCAUGGCCCUGGGCAUCCUCAGCACCAUCGACACCAUCCUCACCGUAAUGGAGGACCACAAGGAGAUCACUCAGCAGCUGGAGGGGAUCUGCCUGCAGGUGAUCGGUCUGGUCCUGCAGAAGCCCAUCAUAGGUAUGGCAGAGUUCUACGAGGAGAUCCUAUCUCUGGCGUUCGGGCUCACCUGUCAGACCAUCUCCCCUCAGAUGUGGCAGCUCCUCGGCGUCCUGUAUGAGGUCUUCCAGCACGACUGCUUCGACUACUUCACAGACAUGAUGCCUCUUUUGCACAACUACGUCACAGUGGACACCGACAUGCUGCUGUCCAACCCCAAGCACUUAGAGGUGAUCUACAACAUGUGCAAAAAGGUGCUGACUGUAGACGCAGGCGAGGAUGCAGAGUGCCAUGCUGCCAAACUCUUGGAGGUGAUCAUCCUGCAGUGCAGAGGGAGAGGCAUCGACCAGUGCAUCCCUCUGUUCGUGGAGGUCGUGCUGGAGCGUCUGAUGCGGGGCGUGAAGUCCAGUGAGCUGAGGACGAUGUGUCUGCAGGUGGCCAUCGCCGCUCUGUACUACAACCCGGCUCUGCUCAUCCACACACUCGACAACAUGCACUUCCAACACAACCCGCAGCCUAUCACAGCACACUUCAUCAACCAGUGGAUGAACGACACUGAGUUCUUCCUCGGGCUCCACGACCGUAAGAUGUGCAUCAUCGGCCUGAGCAUGCUGAUGGAGCUGCCCAGUCGGCCGGCGGUGUUGGAGGGAGUCGCCGGUCAGAUCGUCCCCUCUGUCCUGCUCCUGUUCCUGGGCCUCAAACACCUCUACGCCUCUCGCCUCACCAACAAACCCGACCUGCUAGCCCGAGCGGGGACGCAGGAUGAAGACCAGAACGAGGAGAUCCCGAGCGACGAAGACGAGGUGAACGAGAACUGCAACGUCAUGCAGCAGCAGUGCGGCAUGCCGGCGGGUCAGGGAGGCGGCGACGACGAUGACGAUGACGAGGACGACUACUGGGACGAAGAUGGCUUCGAGGGGACGCCUCUGGAGGAGUACAGCACGCCUCUGGACUACGACAAUGGGGAGGACGAGUACAAGUUCUUCACCGCCGCGCUCCUCCGCGUCCAGAACGGUGAUGCAGCCUGGUAUCAGAGUCUGACGGCUCCGCUCAGCGACGACCAGAAGAAACAGCUGCAGGAGAUCUACAGCAUCUCGCAGCAGAGGAGGAGCACGGCCGCCAAGGGCCAGUGAGGAGACGAUCGAGCAGCAGACUAAGAGGAGGAGGGAUGAAGAAGAUGAAGAAGAGAGGAGCCGGUCUGACCUGACCUGAAGAAGAUUUCAGCCCAACUUGAAUUAUCUAAGACCAGAUCAGACCACAUUGGACUCAAAGGAUCCCAGACAAACCAGGUCCUGGGAAUGCCAUCAGAAUAGGAGGGAGGAGCUGGAGCUUAUAUCAGUUUGGACCUGGUUUCCUGCAAAGAGCCCAGACUGGAAUAUUCCUAUCACCAGGACAGGACCGCUGGCCUGUGUGAGUGUGAGUGUGAGUGUGAGUGUGAGUGUGUGUGUGUGUGUGUGUGUGUGUGUGUGUGUGUGUGUGUGUGUGUGUGUGUGUGUGUGAGGACUGCAUUAUAAAUAUUAAUGUCCCUGACCAGCAGAAUUUGUUAAAGUUCUUGUACAGCGCAGUCCUUUUUCUGUGAAUUGGUGUGUGUGUGUGUGUGUGUGUGUGUGUGUGUGUGUGUGUGUGUGUGUGUGUGUGUGUGUGUGUGUGUGUGUGUGUGUGUGUGUGUGUGUGUGUGUGUGUUUGUGUGUGUGAGGAACACAUCCGAGUGUGUGUUUGUUCGUACUGUAAGCGCUCGUCUCUGUCUCUCUCUAAUUGAUCACUUUUUAUCAUCUCAUGAUGUGAUAGGUCGACGAGGAGGAUCAGAUUCUGUCAGGGUGCCUUGUUUUAAGACCGCAGGGGGGUGAGAAGUUUAGGUCAAAGACUUGGUCACUGCCUGGAGGUCAAAGACUUGACAACUUGAGUUUAGAGACUGGAGGUCAAAGACUUGACGACUUGAGUUUAGAGACUGGAGGUCAAAGACUCAAAGUCAGAGACUUGGGGUCUUAGACUUGAGGUCAAAGACUGGGGGUGAAAGACUUGAGGUCCAAGAUUUGAGGUCAGAGAUUGGGGUCAAAGACUUGAGGUCAGAUACUUAGGGUCUUAGACUGGAAGUCAGAGACUGGAGGUCAGAGACUUGAGGUCAAAGACUGUGAGGUCAAAGACUGGAGGUCAAAGACUGGAAGUCAGAGACUUGAGGUCAAGGACUUUGAGGUCAAAGACUGGUGGUCAAAGACUGGAAGUCAGAGACUUGAGGUCAAAGACUUUGAGGUCAAAUACUUUGAGGUCAAAGACUUUGAGGUCAAAGACUUUGAGGUCAAAGACUUUGAGGUCAAAGACUUUUAGGUCAAAGACUGGAGGUCAUUGACUUGAGGUCAAAGACUUGAUAUGAAAGACUGGAAGUCAUUGACUUGAGGUUGAAGACUUGAUAUCAGAGACUGGAGGUCAGAGACCUGAGACGAACGACUUGAGGGGAAAGACUGGAGGUCAAACAUGAAAUGUAAAGUGGGAGAUGGUUUUUUGUCCUUGUUUGUUCCUGGAUUUUGUUUUUGUAACGGUUUUCAGAACUAAUUUAAGAAAAUCAUAAAAGUUCAUGUAACAUUU